AUGCUGGUUACCUUUGUGCCCGCUACAAAUGGCGCGCCGGCAACCUUUGAGCUAGCCGUGCGGCUGCUAACCUCGGACGGCUGGAACCCCCGUGCCGAGAUACCAGGUCCUCCUUCAGUACCAGGGCAACAUUUCUGGGUCCUGACCGACGCGUUGCCACUGCGGUUCACUGUUGGUGCCGGCAGACGAGGAUUUAUGAAGGUUGACCUGGCUGCCAUUUUGCAAACAGCCCCGCAUAGACUUACAUUCAAGUCCACUACGGUGCGUAUUCUUGAUGGCUUCAAUCGAGGUUACCUGACUAGCGGGGUUGUAGUUGCCACCGAACAAGUCGUGCGCUUGCCCAUCCCUCCCGCCAGGCAUACCGACAGCCGUAUCAUUCUUGUACUGGAUUGUCGCAGAAUCCUGCGCGAGUUUGUAUGGGAUUUAGUCGUAGGCACUUAUAUCAAGGUGCAGGCUCUCAUCGACCGUUUCCAGCCCCAAUGCCCAGCCGAACAUAUCGUCUCCAUCCGUGGGGCUCCGGUUGAACAUAGGGAUGCCGAUGUGGUCUUUGUACUGCACGACGGGAUCGUGCUUACAGUCGAGUUCGUGCAAGACUUUCUCGACCCUCCUACGGAACCGAACAGUCCCGAUGACAGCCUGGGCCUAGACGACUCGGAUGAUUCUCCCGGUGACCCUCCCCCACCUGCGGUUGGGGCUCGGGAUGUUGCUCUUGUCUCCCCCACUGCCGGUCGCAAUAGACAACGCAGUCGUACUCCCAGGCAAGGCGGCGGCACAGUUACCGGAGCCAGCCCUUCUGCCCCUCUCCUGCUGUGCUACCGCCCAGAGCUUGGUUUUACACAGGGUCAGGCCAGCCAUUCCCACGGUCAAGUUGACAUGUGGACCGCUGUACUUACACAAGCCGCUCUACCACAGAGCAUGCAGUGGACUACCUCUGUCCUUCCGUGGAUGCGCCCUAGCUUCAGCUUGGAUUCCUUUUGGCAACAAUCCGUCGUCAUUCAUGUCCAGCAUCCUGCGAUGCCAAGAAUCCUACAGGGCCUGACUGUCUCGGCCCUUAGCAUUUGUGGUCCUGCCCCUGCAGCUCUGGCAGCUUCUGCGUUCAAUCCUUCUGGUGGGGAAGCGAGUGCAGCCGACUCAGAGCCUUUUAUUACUCCAGCCACUUUCGCCAUUUUGAGCGUGCAGACAGCGAUUGAACAGCUCGACUUGCAAAUCCUUGUGCCACAAUCGGUUGAGGACGUUCUGGACAUUGUUGAUGCAUCGCGUGACCCUGCCAAACGAGCCUUGCGCCCUCACCUGGUGGAGGUCUGCCCACAGCCUGAUGCUAGGUGGGGUGCUCUCAUUGCACUACCUCCCUGGGCGCGACACUCCCUUGUGGUGUGUCUUGACCUGUCCGCCGUAGGUGGUGCUGUCUUUCCAGUCGAGGCCCCGCCUCUUGUCGACAGGAUCUCUGUCCUGCUGCUCGCUGGAAUGCCGUCCGACUCGGGUUGCCGCAUCCACAGACCAGGCUCCCGGAGCGACAUCAUAGAUGGUGCUGAGAUUCAACUUGCCGUCGGCGAAUGCGUUGUUUUCCUUCCUUUGGGACUUAGGCUGCUUCAUGCAGGUUGGUCCCGGCUUGAGGCCCCUGAGGGCUGGAUUUCCAUACCAGCUGUUUGCAGCGAUAUCGCUCACUCCGUCCCAGCCGGCUGGAAAGUUCAGAUUUCGGGUUGCCGCCCCCAUUGGGAGUGGAUGUGGAUUCACAAUGGCCAGGUUGUCGUCGUCUCUCUUGCCCCUGCGUGUGCACUUGAUUCUGCAGUUGCCGACGAGCCAGGUCAUCCCCCAGCCCUCUCAUCAGAUCUUUCUCCCGAGGUUCCACAUCACAGCCAAGGCGGCGUAGCAGGCGAAGAUUCUCAAGACGCUCAAGGUGACGAUACCCCAGGCGCAUCACAUGGUCAGGGUCCCUACCGCAGCGCCAAGGCUGCGAUUCAUGUGCCACACGACUAUAUCAACCUCUGCCUGCGUUCACUGCAGCUCAUCCUAGUUAUCGGGUUGCUCGCUUGCAUCGCCGGCGAGCGCACCUUCGUCCUUUGUUGCGCAUGCGUUCUUCACGGACGUCCCGGGACAGUUAGAGUUGGGCUCCUUUUGCUCUGCGUCAGCGGCACGAUGAUCGGCACUGUCACUGCCACUGGACAUGUCAAGCUGGACGGGGAUAACGCCGAACCGGCCAAGCAUCCCAGUCUUUUGCAGAUUCCAGCGCGCCUGAUCCCUACGCCCAGUAGGGCCGUUACCCUCCCGUGCUUUGCACCCAUGCGCCUGUCAUCGCAUUGCGGAUACUCCGAUGGGCCUACGACCAAUCCCAGGGAGGAUCUUGAUAUCUCCGAUGCCGUUCUCAGUGAACAUUUGUUUUUCAAUGCAGCACCGCCGCCUCCGGCCCACUUGUGCCUUGCUGAUUGCGACGUUGAUUGGCUCGACUCUGACCUCACUGCAGUCUUGAGUUUUAAGGGUCUUUCCUUAGACGUCCGUACUGCCCUUGUCAAUGUGCCCAUAUGGUGUCAGGCCGGCUCACCCACACCGGAGCGUAUCGAUGUCUACACUGAUGGCUCUGCGUCAACGAACACUGGAGCCUUGGCCCCUUGUGCCUGGGCGUUCGCGGCAUUUGCCAUUGUCAACGGUCGGCAAUUUCUUAUCGGACAGGCAGCACAUCAAGCAGCGCCACCUAAUACUCCCUUCUGCUUAGGUGAGGUGUUGGACGAUGCUCUGACCGCCGAAUUGCUUGCCCUUUGCUGGUCCAUGUGUUGGGCCUCGCAGCAUUUACUGCAUCUUUCCGCUCCGAUUCACUUUUGGUACGAUGCUUGCAGUGCUGGCGGUGGAGUGUUCGGUGCCUCGCGUCCAAUCGCCCAUGCACAUGUCGCGGGCCACAGUGGCAAUUUGGGCAACGAGCUCUGCGACGCUUUAGCCAAUCUGGCGCGCAGAGCACCCGCUUCUCCGUUUGACCGUUGCUUGCCUGAGUGGCCUGCCCGAUGGGCCGCACAUCCGUUGGCUGAGUGGGCAUGGUCCACUGUUCCGGGUCAGAGUGACAUUCCUCGCCUUUUUUGCUUCGAAUCUGAGGUCGCACUUGCCCAAUGCCAUGACCUCGAGCCCGUUACAGCCCCAGAUCAUGGCAUCCAACACGCUCACAAAGCCGCAGAGGAUGCCAUAUUCUCAUUUUGCUGCAUUAGCCUCAAUGUACUUACCCUGCGUGACAAGGAAGCCAAGCUCCCUGCAGCUCAGGUUGGCAUGCGGCUGAUGGGCCGAAAAGACAUCCUCAAAUCUACUUUGGCAGGUGCUUCCCCUCUUUUCCUAGGUCUACAGGAAACUCGCCUUCCAAACUCAGAGAUUCAGGCAGAUGCUGAUUACCUCAUUCUUAAUUCUGCGUCGACAGACCGCGGCAUGGGGGGUUGUGCCCUCUGGAUAGCCAAAUCUAUCCCAAUCUACCGCACCAGCACUGAAUCUGUUUACAUCCGCUCCCAGGAUGUCACUGUGGUCAGUGCCUCGCCAAGACACCUGACCGUGCACCUUCAGACCCCACGCAUGAGGCUUCAACUGCAAGUCAUUCACGCUCCAUCUACUACUUCCUUCCCAGUUGAGGAAGUACAGGCGUUCUGGGAUGCCAGAGCAUGUGAGAUCAUGGCUCGCCCCGAUGGCACCGACUUUAUUGUUUUCAGUGAUGCCAAUGCCCGUCUCGGCGACGUCCAUUCUGAUCACGUUGGUGAUCUUGGAGCCGAAGUCGAAGGCAUUGCGGGAGCCCUCUUUCAUGAAUUCGUCAUCAAAAUUGACGCAAUUGUUCCAUCUACCUGGGCCCAGUGGCACCUCGGUCCACACGCGACCUGGUUCUCUCCUUUCGGCACCAGCUCUCGCAUUGACUACAUUCUAGUUCCGCGGCACUGGUCUGUUGCGGAGCUGGUAUCUAGAACUAUGCCAGAUGUCGAGCUGAUGCAGGCUCGCGAUGAUCAUGUGCCUGUGCAGUUGAUGUGCAGUUUCUCUCGCACACUGCCAUCCAUGGUCUAUAGGACCACGCACAAGCAGGUUGUCCGGCCUGAUCCUUCUGUUGCUGGGGCCUAUGCCAGCAAGGCUCUCACACAGCUUGUCCCAGUCACUUCCUGGACUACAGGUGUUGACCAACACUACCGGACCCUGGCAGCAGCAUGGGCAGAGGUUGGUAAAGAGCUUACUGUCGAGCAAGAGGCAGCUCCGCGGCAGCCUUAUCUAUCGCGCGCCACCCUCGACAUCGUCGAAGAACGACAUGCUCUCCGUGCCUCCCUUAAGGGGUGGGCACGUGAAGUCACCCGGCGGCGAAUGAUGAUUGCCUUUGCUGCUUUCGUCUUGCACACGCGCCAAGACGCGUUCCGGGCAGAAGGAAUCGCUGUUGCCGAUCGUUGGCUUCGUGAAGCCGACCAGGCUGAUGCGAUCGCUCUUGCCAACUACCGACGGUCCACCCGUUCACUUCGACGGGCUGUAGCCCUCGAUCGUUCUGAUUACCUGGCCCGACUUGCGUCUGAAGUAGCCAGUGGCAGCAUUGGCAACGCCAAGGCAUUGUACAAGGUGCUGCGCAAAGCGUUCCCAGCUUCCAGACCGGCGAAACGACUGCAACUUCAACCACUACCUAUGCUCCGACUUGCAGACGGCACUAUGGCCCGUACCACUUCUGAGAGGGCGCAGGCAUGGCGAUCGCACUUUGCAUCCCAAGAGGCAGGCGUACAGGCGAGCGACGAUGAGUAUGCCGCGGCUUUCGCCCAAAGUCAGCCGUUCCCCAGGACAUUGGAUGUUAGCAUGCUCCCUACGUUGGCCUCUGUUGAAGGCCAUAUAUUGGCAGCCCGUAAUGCUAAAGCCGUUGGGCCAGACGGCAUCUCGGCAGAGCUUCUGCGACUGGAUGUGCCCAUAACAGGUCGUCAACUUAUACCCGUGUUUCUCAAGGCCAGCCUACGGGCCCGAGAGCCCGUGGCAUUUCGUGGAGGGGACCUGUGUUGCUUGGCGAAACGGGCUGGCCAUCUGCUUUCGUGUGACGCAUACAGGUCAAUCCUUGUUUCGUCAGUUCCCGGCAAACUUCUACACCGAUGCCUGCGUGACUCCCUUAAGCCUCUGUUACUCAACUCACAGCCACCCUUCCAGGCUGGCGUGGCCCCCGGACAAGGCAUUGAAGGCGUUGCCCUCGCGGUCCGCACCUUCUUCUCCCUUGGUCAGAGAGGAGGCACCAGCGCAUCUCUCGUAUUCUUUGAUCUUCAAGCAGCCUUCUAUCAGGUGCUGCGCCAAACCAUAGUGCCUACCCAGAGCGGUGAUGAGGAUCUUUUACGGCUGCUUCAUACCCUGUGUAUCCCAGGGGAUGCCAUCUGCGAACUGAGAGACCAGCUUGUUCGCGCCGCACAGUUGCCGAAGCUUGGUGCCUCCUCCCAUGCUAUAGCUUUGGUACAGGACCUGUUUCGCGGAACAUGGUUCCGCCUCUCCGGCUUUUCUGAGUUGGUGCUCACGCGGCGCGGAGCACGCCCUGGUGAUCCUACCGCUGACCUCCUGUUCGGAUUCACCCUUUCGGCCUUGUUUCGCUCGGUGCAUCACUGCCUGGAAUCCAGACAUCUUUUGCCUGCACUGCCUUGUGCUGCGGAGCGACCGGGGUUCCUUGAGCAGAAUGGGUCGGUCUCUCUUGGCUUUCCAUCUUGGGCUGAUGACUUUGUUGCGCCGCAAACCGGGUCCGGGUCCAGUGACUUGCUUUCUCGUACUUGUGCCACACUGACCGCGGUUGUCGACUUUGCCACAUCCGCCGGCAUGACUAUCAAGUUUGGCAGGGACAAGACGGCCGCUCUGUUUCCCCCAGCAGUUCUUGGACUGGAAGAUUCUCGGCUAUGGCACGCAGAGGAUGGCACAUUACAGUUGCGCCUUUGCAACAGUGUUACGCAUGCCAUCUACGAUGUUCCGGUUGUUGAGUCUUAUAGGCAUCUGGGUGGAAUUGUGGUCUCCACAGGCAAUCCCACGCCUGACUUACAUUUCAGGUACUCGCAAGCCACCGGCACACUGAAACCUCUGCGCCGUAAACUCUUCGGCGCUCGGGAGAUCCCGAUGACCACAAGAGCAUUUUUGUUGCGCUCACUUGUGAUCUCGAAGUUUGCGCAUUCUGUUGCUGCGCUCCUUCUUCAGGCUGCUUGCCAUGUGCGUGUCUGGGAGCAGCACUAUCUUGCUCUUUGGAGGGCGUUAUUUCAUCGGCGAGCCGCCGGCCCGCAAGUUCAUAGUUUCCGAGUUCUUCAUGAAGCUCAUGCUGCUUCCCCCCCUCUUGCCUUGGCCAAGGCACGAGCCGGCUUCCUCAAGCGUGUGUUUGCAAACGGCCCCAGGGAACUUCUGGCCUUACUAUGGGACCACUGGUGUCUUCACCCGUCCUCUUCGUGGCUGGCACAGCUUCGUGAUGACAUCACGCAUGUAGCCCAAUAUGUUCCCUCGGUGCUCGACCUCUUGGCUACCUCUGAUCCUGUCAGGUCCCUGUUGGAAGCCUACGACAGUGAUUACUUCUGGUGGAGCCGUCAAGUCCGCACAGCCGAGAAGGCCUUCUUUGACGACUUAAGCGUCUGGUACAACGAGCGCCGCCUCGGCGCUGUGCACGACCAUUCCGCAUCAGGCACGCCGUCUUCCCAGGCAAUCGCAUGCUACCUGUGCUCUGCUGCGUUCCCAUUGAGGAAGCACCUCCACGUGCAUUUAGCGCGCAGCCAUCAGGUCUACGCUCCAGCACGACACUUUGCUAUCAGCAAUGUGUGUACAGCUUGCCUUAAAUUCUUUCCCGAUGUCAGGCAGGUACAACAGCACCUUAAGUAUUCCACGACCUGCUUGAAGCGGUGUUUGUACCUACAUGCGCCCUUGACUUAUGCGCAAAUCCGGGGGUUGGAGGCGCCCCGCAGCAAGCGUGAAGCCAAAGUCGCGCAUGGUAAUUGGAAGGAGUUUACCGGCAUUCCGCGCGGGUCCCGGGCACCUCAAGCCUAUGGUCCCCUUCUGCCUACCUCUGAAGAAAGGUUCGCCACACCCGCAGACGACGAGGACCCCCUGUCCUGCCUAUCCAGGGGUUUCGUCCCCUCGCCCGCACACGUGGUGUGGAUCACCGACCACAUAGCUUCUAGGAGUCAAGAAGGCAGGCGCCAAACGGCUCACCGCUUCUGGAGCAAACGACCCACGUCUCACCUCACGAGAAUUUAA